UACACACAACACACAUCCACAUAAUUAAUUCAUACGUAAAAUCAUCAUAUCCUCAAUAUAUAGAAAACAAAAUUCACAAAACCAAAUUGAAAUUGUACAACUUAACUUUUGAAAAGGUGCAAAAAAACGUACAAGCUAGUACCAUAAAUAAAAGACCCUUGAAUUCAAAGAAACACUAGCUAAUUAGCCAUGCAACGCUCAAUGAUAUCAAAAAGCCUAGCCUCAUCAACUCAAAUCCUCCGUCCCUUAAUUCGCGGUAUUCCUCCAUCUAACCCCAAACCACCAUGUGAUAUAUUCAUCAACCAUCGAGGGGUUGACACAAAGAGGACAAUAGCCGGUCUUUUGUAUCAGCAUCUCUCAGGUCUUGGAUACCACCCUUUCUUAGAUAGCAAGAGUAUGAAACCCGGGGAUAAUCUAUUUGAUAAGAUUGACCCGACAAUCAAGAAUUGUAGGGUUGGGGUAGCGGUUUUUUCCCCACGUUAUUGUGAAUCGUACUUUUGUUUGCAUGAACUCGCGUUGAUGAUGGAGUACAAGAAGAAGGUGGUGCCCAUAUUUUGUGAUGUGAAGCCGUCGGAGCUCCGAGUUAAGGAUAAUGGAACUUGCUCUCCCAAGCAACUUGAGAGGUUUCAUAGGAGUGUUGAAGAGGCUAAAAACAUCGUUGGUCUAACAUUUGAUACCUCAAAUGGAGACUGGUCAGAGUUUUUGACAAAUGCAACAGAAACAAUUCUUGGAAAUUUGGUUGAAGCUGAAGAAGAUGAGAAGUACUUUAAACAUAAUAUAACCAAUUAUUAUGAAGCAAAUUUGGCAGAGAAUUCUAACUAAAUCAAAACCAUUCUUUCUAA